AUGGCACUUGUAACAAAUGAUUGGAGGAUUGACGUAUUGAUGGGCAUAUUCACUUUGUCCUUUUUAAUUUAUUAUAAAAUUAAAAGCAUAUAUUCAUAUUUUGAAAAGAGGAACAUCAAACAUGUAAAAGGAAAGUUUUUGCUUGGAAGUGAUCCCGAUAUGGUAUUCUUUAAAGUACACUUCACCGAAAGCUGGGAAAAGAUAUAUAAAAAACUCGAAAAUGAAAAAUAUGGAGGCUUUUACCAAGCAAUAGUUCCUUCAAUUAUGCUCCGAGAUCCGGAAUACAUAAAUUUCGUUCUCAAGACCAAAUUUGAACAUUUCUACGACAGAAAUUUUAUGGUGGACGAGAAAAGGAACCCUCUUGAUGAGAACCUAUUUUUUUUAAGAGGAAACAAAUGGAAAUACUUAAGAAGUAAGAUGACUCCUCUUUUCAGCCAAGUGAAGUUGAAGUGGAUGUACGAACAAAUAGUAGAAUGUGCUGAUAUUUUUGAUGAGUGCAUAGACAAAUUAAGAGAUGGAAAUGAUGUAGACCUCAACACUUUAUUGAAGAACUUUACUGCAGACGUUACUGCAUCUUGCGGAUUCGGAAUUGAACCUCAAGCUUUAAAAAAUCCUGACUGGGAAUUUUCAGAUAUUGGAAGAGAAUUUUUUGAUCCGAAUAAGAUGAACAUGUUAAUAAUUUUGUUGCGAUUUUCUAUACCACAUGUCUUUUACUGGUUAAAACUUGGAACAGUAACGAAUAAAGUAAGACAUUUUUUCCUUUCCACAACAGAAAAGAUACUGCACCAAAGGAGAAGUACAGGAGUAGUACGAAAAGAUUUUGUCCAAUUACUUCUGCAACUGAAGGAAAAAGGAACAGUUGAGAUAGAUUCUAGAGAAACAGAAAAAAAUAAAGUAGAUACUGAAACUUCUAAUGAGGUAAUAGAAUUGACAGAUAAUCUCUUAGCUGCGCAGUCAUUCGCAUUUUUUUUGGCUGGAUAUGAAACUACUUCUACUACAUUAUAUUUCACAUGUUAUCUCUUGGCAAAACAUCCAGAAAUACAAGAGAGGGCCAGAAAAGAGGUGCAAGAGAUUAAAGCGAAAUACGGUCAAUUUACAUUCGAAUCCCUAAAGGAGCUAAAAUACCUGAAUUAUUGCAUUUUAGAGUCAAUGCGGAUGUAUCCAGCAGUACCAUCAGUAAUCAGAGAAUGUACAAAAGAUUGCACUUUACCUGAUGGAGCCGUCAUUGAAAAGGGAAUAACCAUCAUAGUACCUAUUAUGUCCAUACAUCUAGACCCCAACAAUUAUCCCGAACCUAUGAAAUAUAAACCUGAAAGGUUUGAAAAUCCGCCAGCCAGUGGAACCUACCUGCCUUUUGGAGAUGGACCAAGAUAUUGCAUAGGAAAACGAUUUGCUGAAGUGGUUAUGCUUUGUAUUAUGGCAAGAACUUUAGAAAAAUACAAGUUGGAAUCAAGUACUAGGGAUAAGAAUGGAGAUGACAUCAAGCUGCAGCCAAGAGGUUUUACUGCCAACCCUAUUAACGGACUGUGGAUAAGAAUUAAUAAAUUAAAUGACAGCAAAUAGAAAUGUUAAUUUUCAUACAAUAUAGUGUGGCAGAGUGUAGUUAUUUUAAGGGGAUUUCAAAAUUACAUCUCCUCUAGUUAUAAAUUGCACAUUAUUAAUUCCUUGUAAACAAAAGUGUAAUUAUUUUUUUCAUAAUGUACUAAUAGGAUGAUAAAUUUUCAUUAAGUAAAUGAUAUCCAUUUUGUUAAGUGUCUGAUACGCUUAAGGAGAAAAUUUCACCUAUUUGGUUUCUAUGGUUCAAAAUUUAUGAUGAGUGUACUAUUGCAAUUUUUCGUGAUUCCCUUACCUUUUGACACUAGCUUUAAUCAUUUCUGCAAAAUACUUUUACUAAGUAAUAUUUUACGAAAAAUUAAAAAUAUGUGAAUGCUCAAAAUCUAUAAAUUCUGAGAAGUUGAAACAUUAGUAGUUGAAACUCUACAAAAUUGGAAUUGGAUGAAAUCAUUAAAGCAAAUAAAUAAAGAUAAAUUCGAUAAAUUUGAAGUUCACAAAAAAAAA